UGCCCCUUUUCCCUAAUUCUUUUGACCUGGACAUGGGGUGGGAGGUAAUUGAGACUUUUCAUUUUGUUUUUCGAGGAGAUGGUAUUUACUUUUUACCGUUUUGACUAAAAUUAUUCCUUCCCUUAGACCCAACGAAGCAUAUUUCCACUCCUAUAUUAUCAAACGGCUUGAACACGAAAUUCAAUAAUUCAUCAAUCAGCGUUAGAAUCUCAGGCCGUGAAAACUGAAAAUAUGGGUUCCAUCGGAAAGCAGGAUAGCAGGGAAGAAGUUAUCCAGGCAUGGUAUAUGGAUGAUAGCAAUGCAGACCAGAGACUUCCCCAUCACCGUGAGCCAAAUCUGUUUGUCUCCUUUGACAAACUUGAUGAGCUUGGAGUGCUCAGCUGGAGGUUAGAUGCUGACAAUUAUGAAAAGGAUGAGGUUUUGAAGCAAAUCUGUGAAUCGCGAGGAUAUUCAUACAUGGACUUUUGUGAGGUGUGCCCUGAAAAGUUGCCCAAUUAUGAAGAGAAGAUAAAAAAUUUCUUUGAAGAGCAUCUUCACACUGAUGAAGAAAUCCGCUAUUGUGUUGCAGGGAGUGGUUAUUUUGAUGUACGCGAUAAGAAUGAUGAAUGGAUCCGGAUCUGGGUGAAGAAAGGAGCAAUGAUAAUCCUACCUGCCGGAAUUUAUCACCGUUUUACCCUUGAUUCUAAUAAUUACAUUAAGGCGAUGCGACUCUUUGUUGGUGACCCAGUUUGGACUCCGUUCAACCGCCCACAUGACCAUCUCGACGCAAGGAAAAAGUACAUUGAAACAUUUGGGACGGAUGAUGCUACUACAGGUCUUGCUGUUGAUGCUGCUGCCUAAGUAUGCUAUUGUACUACCAACUACACUACAGACUACUAUUAUAUAGAACCAAGAAACUUUAUCAUCAUGGCGCCGGUUAUCGUUACACUGAUAAAAUAAUGUUUCCCAUAGGCACGCGUAUUCUAUGUGAUGGCCAUGGAUUCAGUUUGAUUAUAUGUAUAAAUAUGUGAGUUUGUGAUGCCAAUUUUUGCCAGUGUUGAACUGCCGAGAUGAAUCGACCCAAUUAGUCCUAGAUCAUGGAUGGGUUUGAUGAAAAUAUUUGCUGAGUUGCACCAAAUAUGAAAUGUGUUUUUGAAGUAGCCGCAAUAUUAGUAAAGGUGUAAUUAUUAUGGGUAUGUUUGGCAAAUGGCUUAUCAGCCAGCUUUUAGCUUGUUUGACCCA